UUGUUGACCUCAUCGUCAUCUUCAUAAUCCUUUAACAGUUGUGAGACCAAGGCACCAUAUGUCAAAGUAAACAGUUCACCAUUCUACAAAAGAAAUGCAAAAUCGUGGAGUUGCUGUUGCUGAACACGCACAAUUUAGUUCCAAAGAAAUAUUUAUCCAGCAAAAUUUUGGCGCCGAGAUCGACAUCGACUAAUGUGUCUACAAACCACUUUUCGAGGAUCCCCUCCACGUGUACUUUGUCUUGACAUGCUUGAUGGGAAUUGCUAUCAGACUGUCCUACUUUCUUUCAUUAUUUUGUAAGCAGAUGAAAAUUGUCAGUCACACCUCCUCAAGUACCGACUGUGUUUGUUACAACAAUUUUGAUUGGAUAGUAAACUGGAAGUGACUAAUCAAAAGAAAUGUAACGGAAAUUGUUGGCUCCUUCCUUGCAUCUUGAUCAAUUGAGUGUUUAAAUUCAAAGAAAAUUGACACGGAGAAAUCGAGUGUUUAAGUUACGCGGACUUUUGACAGAGGCAUGCAAGAAACACGAGAAGAUGACAGACUUUAGAGAAGAACAGGAAAACGAAAUAGAAGCAUUAGAAUCUAUAUAUCCAGACGAAAUUAGAGUACUGUCAACAGAUCCUUACCAUGUGUUUACUCUGGAUAUAAAGUCCCAAGAAGUAGACGAUCCCUACAACAGUGACGAGACAAAGGAACCAGCAGCCCUUUGCACACUACAAUUUUCCUAUGUUGAAAAAUACCCAGAGGAGCCUCCAGUAUUUGAAAUCACAGAGUAUGAAAACUUGGAGGAGGAUCAGAUUGAAGUGCUUAAUGAGUUGAUAACAGAAAAUAUUGAAGAAUCUCUCGGCAUGGUCAUGAUAUUUACCAUAGUCUCAGCCAUACAAGAAAAACUUACAGAGAUCGUUGAGGAAACAAAGAAGAGAAGAAUAGAAGAUGAAGAAAAUAAAAAAAGGAUACAGGAAGAAAUGGAAAUGAAAAAGUUUGAAGGGACACGAGUUACCAUAGAAACCUUUUUAGCCUGGAAAGCCAAAUUUGAUGCAGAAAUGAGUGAACAGAAAAGAUUGAAAAACCAAAGUGUAACAGGGCCAAAGGGGCUUACAGGAAAAGAGCUGUUCUUCACGGACGAUUCAAUGAAUGACUCUGAUGUUAAAUUCCUUCAAUCAGAGGAAGAUACUGUUGAAGUAGAUGAAUCCUUGUUUCAAGAUAUGGAUGACCUUGACCUGGACGAUAAUGACCUUGACCUUGAAGAUACUGCUGUUGAUUGAUAUGACAUUUGUUGUAAUAAACUAUGUAGAUAAAUA